GCGGGGCUCCUCCCCGAGCCAUGGCGGGGCGGUUGCUGGGAUUGCUGCGGGCUCGCGCGCCCCGCGCCGUCCUCCCCGCGCCGGGCCCGGCCUCCCGGCACCGCUGCGGCACGGCGGGCCCGGAGGAGGGCGAGGCGGCGGAGCUGCUGGCCAUGGGCUUCAGCCAGGCGCAGGCCCGGCGGCUCCGCCUGCUGCGGCCGGGGCUCGAGCCGCAGCGGCGGGCGGAGGCGGCGGCGCAGCUUCUGCUGCUGGGGCUGAGCGCGGAGGCCGCGCUGGGGCUGCUGGAGCGGAGCCCGGGGCUGCUGCGGAUGGAGACCGCGCGGCUGAAGGAGCGCGCCGAGUACCUGCGGCGGCUGGGGCUGGAAGGAGAGCGCGGCGGGCCGCUGCCCCGAGGUGUUCACGCUGCCCCGGCGGAGGAUGGAGGCGGUGGUGCGGCUGCUGCGGGAGCGGUGUCUGUUCACGGCCGAGCAGCUGACCGAGCUGCUGCGGAGCUGCCCCGAGGUGCUGCUGGAGGAGCCGGACCGCGUGCAGCACCACUUCCAGGUGCGGGGCGCCGUGCGGGGCGGAGCGGCGGCGUUGCGGGCGCGGCCCGACCGGCGCUGAGCUCCGCGCGCCUCCACGCGCAGUACGCGUACUUCAGGAUGGGCGUCCGGCAGAAGGAGAUGGUGAAGGCCCGGCUGUUCCGCACGCCCUUCGCCGAGCUGAGGAACCGCCACGUCUUCCUGGAGCGCCGGGGGCUGUACCGCACCCCGCACAAGGGGCAGAGCCAGAGCGGCAACCCCGCGCUGCGGGACGUCCUGCGGCCGACCGAGGGCGACUUCGUGGCCGGCGUGGCCCGCGCCUCCCCCGACGAGUACGAGGUGUUCAAGCGGCUGCUGGCCCGGGAGGAGGAGGAGAUGGAGGAGGAGGAAGAGGAGGACGAGGAGGAGGAGGAGGAGGAGGAGGGCAGCGCUGCACUGCACGCAGAGGGAGGUGACAGGGACUGGCACAGCAGUGAGCCCUCCCCAAUUGCCCCGUGUCCGCCCGCCCCGCAGUGACCAGCUGCUCCACAGAAUAUACCGUUUCUAUAAAGUGUUUUUAUUUAUUUAGUAAAAAAAAAAAAAAAAAAAAAAAAAAA